UACCAAACGUCCCUGCAGUGCAGGCAACACACUUGCACAACACAAGUCCGCCUUUCCCCCCCUUCUCUCUCUCUCGCGCUCUCUCUCUCUCUAGGGUUAGGGUUUCUUAACGGCGUUAUAUUUGAACCCUUGAGAGAUCAAAUAAUGGUGCAGCAAAUCCCCUUUUUGUGUGAAAAGCUCUUUAAUUCAAUCCGUCUUCACUCCUUCAGCUCAACUAUGGCUUGAUUCUGCUCUUCUCUCGGUGGCAUUCCCGAUACGGAAAUGUAUAAUGUUCCUGAACAAGGACAUGCAGAUGCUUAUAUGAUUCAAGGAACGGAGCCAAUGCAGAUCACCAGUCCGCUGCUUCAAAACUUUGAAACUAUGUACAAUGAAGAACUGCGCGAGUUUGUUGUUGAUCAGGGAUUAUAUUAUCCUACUACCACCAAUUAUGGCUACCUCUGUACAGGAUUUGAAUCGCCCAGCGAUUGGGAUGACCACCAAAGAAUUUUUGGUCUGGAUGGUCAAGAUAUUCAGUAUAUGGGUGCACCAAAUGAAAAUCUCCCAUAUAUGUAUUAUACACCUAACUAUGGAUAUGCACAGUCUCUGUUCAACCCAUACAACCCUUACAUCCCUGGUGCUGUAGCAGGGGUUGAUGGCUCAUAUUUAGGAGCACAACAGUACUAUGCUAUCCCAUCAUAUGAAACCAGUGUGUCUUCUCCUUCGUACUUCCCCGUGGUGCUACCGAGUACAUCUGACGUUAUGGUGAACAGAGCAGACACGAUAGUUGAGAGUACUCUAUCUACUGCUAAUAGAGCUAAUAGAGCCGAUGUUUCUCGUCUCAAGCAUAAUUUGUCUUCAGCAUCUCCAACCUUCACCCCAGCUCCAUUAAAGCUGGCUUCAGGUCAUAAUAGUUUUAACAAAGGAUCUGGAAUUGCAAAAUCUAGUGGUAGAUCAGGCAAGCAGCCCAUGAUGCAUGGAAAUGUUGCUUCUGAUAGGUUCUCUAUUCAAUCCUCGGAAGUACAUGCUGGUAAACUUUCUCAAGCUACAGGAUGUGUAAUGCAUGGGAAGGCUUUGUCUAAUCAUGUUCAACUGAGAGCUUCUGUUCCUUUGAGUGGCUCGUUUAAUCUUGGAUCUGAUGCUCAUGAGCGAGCUAGUGCAGGAAAAGGUGGAUCCAAGUUUCUGUAUGGGACAGUGCCAAAUGAUGUGAAAGUUAGUUCUGAUUCAUUGAACGAGCAGAAUCGAGGACCUAGGACCAAUAAAUCAGAAAAUCAAUUGGUUGUUAAGGCCUACACGACAAGAGCAGGAAAUGUUAAUGCACAAGGGAAUAUUGUAAUUCAUGCUGAUGAGUACAAUAGAGAUGAUUUUGUGCUGGAUCUUUUGAAUGCUAAGUUCUUUGUUAUUAAAUCAUAUAGCGAGGAUGAUGUGCAUAAGAGUAUGAAAUACAAUGUUUGGUCAUCUACACCUAAUGGAAACAAAAAGCUCAAUAGCGCUUUCGAAGAUGCUCAGAGAAUUGCUGCUGGAAAUCCAAGAGGCUGCCCAGUAUUCCUCUUUUUCUCGGUGAAUGCUAGUGGGCAGUUUUGUGGUGUUGCGGAAAUGACUGGCCCUGUAAACUUCUGUAAGGACAUGGAUUUUUGGCAGCAAGAUAAGUGGUCUGGUAGCUUCCCUGUGAAGUGGCACAUGAUAAAGGAUGUCCCAAAUCAUAACUUUAGGCAUAUUAUAUUAGAGAACAAUGAGAACAAGCCAGUGACUAACAGCAGGGACACACAAGAGAUACACUACAAGAAAGGCAUCGAGAUGCUGAAAGUAUUCAAGAAUUAUGCAUCAAGGACAUCUUUACUAGAUGACUUCAUGUAUUAUGAAACUAGGCAGAUGAUCCUGCAGGAAGAGAAAGCCAAGUUGCUAAUGAGGAGCUAUAAAAAUCCAUUUCUUGUGCCUGUAUUAGAUCCUCCACGCAAGCUAAAUUCUAUUUUUGAUUUCCCUUCCCGUGAAGGUGAGACAAUAUCUAAGCACAAUGAUUCCGAACAAUCUGAAAUUUGUGCAGUUCCUGCAGAACUGGAUUUGAAAGAUUCCAAAACCAACAGGGGGAAUGCAAGUGAUGGUGACAAAUUCGUGGUAGAUGGAGAUCCCAAUACUGGGAGUGUGUUGAGGAUUGCUUCCUUAGCAAUCAAUCCAAAGGACUUGAAAUCUCAGCCCCCAGAAGCUGAAUGCUCUACUGCUAUCACUCUGGCAAGUGGGGAGUCGGUUGAUGUUGUCACUGUGGGGUCUAUGCCAGUAAACGUUAAUGGAUUUGCUGAAUCUUCUGGUUUUAUAUCAAUUGGAACAAUUCCACUGGACCCUAGAGCUCUCCAGCGUGACAAGGCAAGUGGAUCUGGAAAAAUUGUUCCCAAGUGAUGCAAGCAUAAUGUCCAGAAGCAUUGAACAGAGUUAUUUUCCAGCUGUGUAUUAUAAUAUUGGUGCGCUCAUAGUUGAUCUGCAGUCACUUUUCUGAGGAAUUAUGUGUUCAUUUACCUUUUCCUCAAGGGUGCGGUGGAGGUUCUAAUUUUAGGUUGUGUUGGAGUCGGAUGGUUGGCAGAGAUUUUGCUUUAAAUACAAUGUAAGUUGUCCCUUUUGUCAUUUUGUUUCAACAAAUUCAGGAUAUGAAAUCCUGUCCUCGUCAUUAUGAGGAAACAAAGAAAAAUAGAUAUAUACUCAGCACAAUUUUUUCUUUAUUUGCUGUAUACUUUUGAGUGGAAAACAGAAAUACGUCCCCUCUAUCUCUCGAGAAAAAGAAAAAGUAAAAACAGAACUUUUCCAUUUGCAGCUCAUUAAUGGACAAAUGUAAUUCUUCUUUA